AUGCCUCUGCCCGUCACCCUCCCGCUCUACAAUGGCCUCCGCAUAGGCCUCAACGACGCCCAGGAGUCUGAGGAGGACAUCAUCCGCCGCAUCGCCUGGUACACGGCCGCUGCCGCUGCCACGGCCGAGCUGGAGGAGCAGAGCAAGGAGGGUAUCAUCUCGAACCUAGCCUCUCACCAUCUCGGCAUCCGGGCGUCGCGAUGCAUCGUUGAGCCGACGCGGAACUGGCCGCGGGGGAGCUUCAACCAGUGUGUCUUUAUCGGUAUCCAUGCCCGGUCGAUAUGGGGCAAGAUCGCCGAGACCUCGAGCUCUCGCUUGCUGUUGCGAGUUCCCUCGGCUCAUCGGUUGGUCGGUAUGGUGGAGGAGAAGAUGAGAUGUGAGGUUGCGACGUACAUCUGGAUGCAGGAAAACUGCCCGGAUGUUCCCAUCCCCCGGCUCUAUGGCUUUGGCUUCCCGGAUGGUCGUCAUUUCACCCACAGCAGUCUCCUGUCGUGGCCCCGGAGAUGGGGUCGAGGGCUCCGGCGGAUGUUCUGCUACCUGUUUGGCUACCCGGUUCCCUCUCACUACAUGGAACGCUCCCGGUCUCAUGAGUUCCCGGCGGGAUACAUCCUGCUGGAGUUCAUCGAGAAGGGUCACCCGCUCGCCAAGUCGUGGUUCUCCAAGUCUGUCGACGCCGUCAAGAAGCAGAACCUGUUCCGCGGUAUCUCUCGUCUGAUGCUCCAGCUGGCCCGGAUCCCGCUCGACCGCACUGGUUCUUUCACUUUCGACCCGGACACGGCCGUCAUCUCCCUGACCAACCGCCCGCUCACCUGCAGUCUCGCCAUCCUCGAAAACGACGGCGCCGAGCAAGUCAUCGAGCCAAACCGGACCUACGAAAGCGUCGACCCCUACGUCGAAGACCUCCUGACCCUGCACGACAACCGCUUCCUCGCCCAGCCCAACGCGGUCACGACCAAGGAGGACUGCUACUACCAGAUGGCCAUCCACUCGACGCUCCGCAUCAUGACGCACCACUACCUCGACCGAUCGCAGCGCAACGGACCCUUCUACAUGCAGUUCACCGACCUCCACCAGGGCAACAUGAUGGUCGACGACGACUGGAACAUCACCAGCCUGAUCGACCUGGAAUGGAUCUGCGCCCGCUCCGCCCAGAUGAUCGAUGUCCCCUACUGGAUCACGUCCAAGAGCAUCGACGAGAUCUGUUCCUCGCACCACUCGGCCGAGUUCGCCGCCGCGCGCGAGGUCUUCAUGGCCGCCUUCCGCGAGGUCGAGGAGGAGCUCUACCCCUCCCGCGUCGUGGAGGACGACGAGAAUGAGGACCUCGAAGCGGGCGCUGUCGCGCCCCGCCGCAAUGCCCAGGGCCACCCGCUCCUGUCUGAGACGAUUGACAACAGCUAUGCCUCCAGGGCGACCUGGUUCUUCCAGGCUGUCGACUCGGUCAACGCCAUGUACCGGCUGUUUGAGCUGCAGCUGCGCCCGCAGUUCCUGUCGCAGCACACACCCGAGACGGUGGAUGUGUUCUUUGCGGCGUUUUGGAACCAGCAGGCGAAGAAGAUUGCGAAGCGGAAGCUGCAAGAGCGCAAGGAGUACUCUGCUAAGCUGAAGGAGCUGUUCCAGGCGAAGGGGGCUAAAUAA